AAUAAAUACCCAGAGGAAGCCUCAGCUCAGGCAGUUCCACUCUCAUCCUGCUCUCGGCAGCUAUCUGGCACCAUGUGGACCCAAGCCACUGCUCUGCUGCUGGCCUGCUGCCUUUGGCCAGCUGAGGCACAGGACGAAAGGAGACAAAGCAUCUGGGACGAUCCCAUCAAGUUCCAAACCAAGGCUAAGGACAAGUGCACCAUGAUCCUUACAGGCCAAGGAGAAAACAUAAAGCUGAGGCUGUCAUGCCAGGGCAACAGACGUGCCUACUGGUGUGAGUAUGUGGGGAAACCUUACACCUGCAGUGCUUUCAACAAAAACCCCAGGCACUACUUCGUCCAGAUGAUGUGGGUCCUCAGGAAGCAAGCACACGCCUGUCAGGGUCCAAGGGAGAUCAAACCUCACAUGUGCAGGAAGGCGACUGAUGAAUCUCAGAUGAUCUUCUCGGCCGGUCCUUUCCUAAGGUCUCGGCCAGCAGCGCAGCCAUCAAAGCAGCCAUCAAAGCAGCCAUCAAAGCAGCCUGGAAAACCCCAAAGUUCAUCUGCACAUGGAAGACCUAAUUUGACAAUGAAGACACCUUUUAAAACAGCUCGGGCUUCAGGGAUAGUUAAAACCACACAGAGAGCCAAAUCACAGCCGACGGCAGCUCCGACAGAGAACGCCCGGAGGACAAUGGCUCGGCAGUACUGCUGGAGGUCCCUGCAGGGCGUCUGUUCCUUUGUAAUUGGUUGGUUUCGGAAUUAACAAAAAAGUGAUUCAUACUGAUCAGGAUUGUAUAUCUUCCUCUGCAUACAGAUUGUGCUGAAUUGGUGACUGAAACCACCAGAUGAGGAAAAAUCCAGGCCAGCUAUUUGUUUUGAAACAUCUUUAGCGCCCUCUUACGGAAUUAUCUUGGUACUACAGUGGCUGUUACAUUUUUAUUUCUCUAAUUUUAGAUGCUACAUUUUUUUUGGAAACCUUGAGCAGCUUCUUUUAUGUUUUGCAUGAAGUAGACCUGUAUGAAUUAGAACUGCUUUAACCUGUGAAAAGAUAGGAUAGAUGUUUGUGUUUUUUUGUGAUAUUUACUAUAAUUAGCUUGAAUAUUGUUUUGCAGCGAUCAGAAUUUAUGUUUGAAAAAAAACUCUCUCUCUACUGGUAUUUUUUGAAAAAUAUAUAUGGACUGUGAAUAUGCUUUUAAAUGUCAAAUAAACACCAUAAGUUAAACAAUUCUUGUCCAUCUGCUUUAUUUUCAGUGGUACCAUGUGAAAUUUUGAACUGGAAAAAAAAUUGUAAAUAUAAUAGGACAGGUUGUGAAGGGAGGGGAAAUUUUUUUAUACAACAAGUAUAUGAUGCAUCAUGAAGCUUACAGAUAUCUCAGUGUUUUUUUUUUCUUACUUAAUAAGCAGGACACUGUUUCUUUCACACCUAUGAACAUUUUUAUUGACAAGA